AUGGACUUACAUGAAGUAUAUGGAUUGCGGAAUCUGAUCAACGCUGAAACACAGCGCCAACGGCAGAUGUCCUAUGGUCAGAUGAGAGGAGGCGCAGAAGCACGUCGUGUACGAGAUAUGCUGUCAGAUGUAAUGAUGCGUGCCUUUGUACUCAUGGAUUUCGGUGAGCAUGUGAGCACCUCCUUGGAUGACUUACGUGAACGUCUCUUCCCUAUCCUGAAGGAGGUUCUGCGGUUGGAACAGCGCGCCAAGGGAGCUGAGAUUGUUCACAGGGGACUGCGAGCUGUCAUUCUCGGUCGGCCAAACACUGGCAAAAGCAGUUUAAUGAACGCACUUGCGCAAAGAGAUGUUGCUAUUGUAUCUGAACGAGCUGGUACCACCAGAGACAGCAUUGAGGUUCGACUCAAUAUUGCUGGCGUUCCCAUGUCAUUAACGGACACAGCUGGGAUCCGUAAUGCGGAGGACUCACUGGAAAAGGAGGGCGUUGAAAGGGCGAAACGGAAAGUGAGCUUUCUAAUUCUUGAUGCCGAUGUUGUGAUAGUCGUAGUUGACGCCAGUGGUGACGAAGAGGAGGCCAGUUCGAUGCUAGCUGAACUUGAGGAGCUAGCCGAGACAUCUUUGCCAGUCGUAGUCGUUAGAAAUAAGUCGGAUUUGGCACGAGGCAGAAAGUUUAGCGACAUUGAAUCAAGAGCUCGAUUAGAUGUGGUCGAUUGUUUGGAGACUUGUGCCCUUGCCCCUGAAGGUGCCCGACCGUUGUUGAAUUCCCUUGAGAAGUUGGUGAAUAAUUUGUGUCCAGAUGAUAGUGGACCGUGUAUGACGGAUACGCAGCUGUUAAGUGAGGCCCGUGAGGAGCUGGAGAAUGCGCUGUCGGUGCGAGAUACAGCCCUCUUCUGCGAUCACCUUCAACAAGCUCUCGACAUAUUCGGCCAAAUGGUCGGUUCCACAGUCAGCGAACAGAUUCUUGAUGAUCUCUUCAAACAGUUUUGUAUAGGGAAAUAG